AUGAAGGUUCGCGCGUCGGUGAAACGGCUGUGCGAGGCGUGCCGCGUGGUGCGGCGGCGAGGGCGGGUGUACGUGGUGUGCGCGACAAACCCAAAGCACAAGCAGCGGCAGGGGUUUCACACCGAUAUUGCCGACAGCUCAUCACAGCCGACAGCAUUCCUCUGCAACCACCACCACAACAUGACAUCAAACGCUGCCCACGUGCCCAGCCGCCCGUUUUCUCUCUUCCCCCGCAUCAUUCCUGCCCACUCCCACUCCCCGCCCUCCACCCUCACACCAUCACAAUCGCUAGUAGCAGCAGUGAUGGCACCAGCAGGAGCAGCAGGGUUAGUUGGUUCCCGGUUGUCGGCUCGACAAAUUGCGGCGAACAUUUUAGGCUUCAAUCGUGCUUGA